UGGAUCUUGUGAGACCACUGUUUUAAAGUGUUCAGUAGGUGUAAGUAAGGCUCAAAGUAAUAUUUUGACUUAAAGUCCUGGGAACACAAAUUACAUAUGAGAUGAUCUCCAGCAUUGAUAUGCUUUAUGCCACUGAAUCAUCCAAAUUUUUACCAAUUAAAAUCAACAAAUGUAUAUUAUAAAUUGGCAAAUUUCAGGUAGAAAAUUAUUGGGAACGCAAGCUCCAAAUGGGAGUGAGGAAUUCCGCUUCAAUGGUGAUGUGUUCAUGAAAAUCUGGAAACCUUUAUAAUAGUUGGAAUCAAGGAAGACUUGCAUAUAAAGCAACUCCAACUUAAUAUAUAUAUAUAGAGAGAGAGAGAGAGAGAGAGUAUUCAUUCAUUAUAUAUGUAUAUAGAGAGAGAGAGAGAGAGAGAGAGAGUUAUGUUCUGACAAAUUAGAGGAGCAGUUCUCCAACACCACCUGAAUUCGAAUAUCUGUACCAUACAAAAAAUUAAUUCAUCCCAUUAACCUAAUAUUCGCUUUUCCAUAUUGAGGAUGGCUUUCUUUACACCCCAUCCUCCAUUACACAAAAACAGACCAACACCAAUUAUGCUGAUUGUGGGGUCAAAGCCCAUAGACCAUAAACCAAGGGUUAGGACUUAGGAGCCUAUGAAGGUUACAACCUUUUCACCAACAAAAAAAUCAAUCUUCAAUAGAAAUUUGAGUCAAUAAUUCUGAGAUAAUCCAGUUUUGUCAACAGAGCAAGUCCUUCUACUCCUAUUGUUGUGCUUUUUCACUCACUCCAUCCCUUACAUCACAUGCAUUCUUUCACCUUCAGUAAUUUCUAGAUAAUUUCGAAUUAUUAGUCCCAGCCAAUCACCAUUGAAUAACGUAAGCAAAAAAUUUAAUUUUUUUUACACAUUUUCAAUACAAUUGCUUACGCAUUCAAUGAUUAUGGAACCAUAUUCUCUCCAUCUUAGUAGGUCCAAUAUAUUUCUUAUUAAUAAUGAAUGCAAAUUAAUCACAUGUUUGGAAGGGAAUACAUUUAGCAAAGAAAGGAAGUGUACGGGUAAAGUAGAAACUUCUCUGUUUUCAAGGAUUUGGUAAGAUGGGGUGGGGGCGUCCAAUCAAACUGUUUGAAUGGUGAUUCGAAUUAGUGAAUGUGUUAAACCUAAUGAUUAUAUUUUUCUAUAUGAUGAGGAACAAUGUUCAUGCAAAGCCAAAAGUUUUCUUCACCAAUUCAUGCAAAGGAACACCACAAAGCAUUAAAGCUGGUAACUGAAAUGCAACCAACUCCAUCAUUCUGUUUCAUGUCUCUCUAUAUAUACAUAAUUAUAUACAUGUAUCUAUACACAAAUAUAUGAGUUUUUCUCUAUAAAUACCUUCAACCCUUUUCAACUUUCAUCAUUAUUAACAAGCCUUCGUAGGGUCAACCUUCCGUCUAAAGAAGUCUCAAUAGACAACAAUGGCCAAGUCCAUGAACUUUGUCAUGGCUCUAACUCUCCUUGCUCUUGCUCCACUUUGCUUCUCUGCCAAGACCAGUGGUGGUUACCUUUAUCCACAAUUUUACCAACGUUCAUGCCCGAAAGCUCAAGAAAUCGUAAAGUCUGUCGUCGCAAAAGCCGUAGCUAAAGAAGCCCGCAUGGCAGCUUCAUUGCUCAGGCUCCAUUUUCAUGACUGCUUUGUCAAGGGAUGUGAUGCAUCAAUUCUUCUGGACAGCAGUGGAACCAUAAUCAGUGAGAAGAGGUCCGUCCCUAACCGGAAUUCGGCUCGUGGGUUCGAAGUCCUCGACGAGAUCAAAUCUGCAUUGGAAAAGGAGUGUCCUCACACCGUGUCUUGUGCUGAUAUCAUGGCUCUAGCUGCAAGAGAUUCAACUGUUUUUACUGGUGGACCUAGCUGGGAGGUCCCAUUAGGCAGAAGAGACUCCAGAGGUGCAAGCUUGAGUGGCUCCAACAACAACAUUCCAGCACCAAACAACACAUUUCAGACUAUCCUCACCAAAUUUAAGCUCAAAGGGCUUGACAUUGUGGAUCUUGUGGCACUUUCCGGAAGUCACACAAUAGGGAAUUCGCGGUGCACCAGCUUCAGGCAAAGGUUGUACAAUAAUUCCGGCAACGGACAGCCUGAUUACGCGCUGGAACAGUCGUAUGCAGCCCAAUUGCGCACCCGAUGCCCGAGAUCCGGUGGUGACCAGAACCUGUUUUUCUUGGACUUUAUCACUCCUACCAAGUUUGAUAAUAACUACUUCAAGAACUUGUUAGCUUCAAAGGGUCUAUUAAAUUCUGACCAAGUUCUUGUGACCAAAAACGAAGCAUCCAUGGAUUUGGUGAAGAAAUAUGCGGAGAAUAAUGAGCUGUUUUUCGAGCAGUUUGCUAAGUCCAUGAUUAAGAUGGGAAAUAUCUCUCCAUUGACAGGUUUGAAGGGAGAGAUCAGAAAGAACUGCAGGAAGAUUAACACCCGAGACCAUAUAUAGCUUGUCAAGGGACUGAUAAAACUAUGUUGUCCUAUGUUUGUGCAUUUUGAAAUGGUCUUUUCUUUUAUAUUACUCAUAUUCUUCUAUUAAUUCUGUGUUUUUUUUUUUUUUUUUUUUCUAAGAGAGAAUUGAAUCUUCCUGCUAUGUGCAGCAGUGCAGCCUGUCUUGUGAACUUUAGUGUGGUAAUAUAAUAGCAUUUUGGUGCGACUCUUUAAUUUCUCGAGAAUUUGGGUAUUUUUCCUAGUAAUAAAUUAAUAAGAAUUGAAAUGUGUACUUCAAUCAAUUCCUACCUCGGAAAGGACAUGAUCAUGCGUUACCAAAUCCUUUUGGA